CUGCUCUUAAAAGUAAACUGCAACUGUUCCACAUCAUGUGAAUAGUACUUAGCAACUUGAGAUCAUCUGACGUGGCGGGCGAUGAUUUGUUGGGAGCUGGUGCGGGGAUGUAGAUUUGUCGCAGGUGAUUAGAAGGUCUCGCCAAUUUGGGGUUUUUUUGAGGUUCUCUCUCGCAUCAUCUCCUCGUAGUUGCAAUAUACGAGAGUAUCAGAGAGAGUGAUGAUGUGUUCUUGGUUUCUGGAGAGAGAGAGUGAGGUUUCUGGAGAGAGAGAAAAUUCUAACACUAAAAUCAGCUUCGGACAGGGAGACUAGAGCGAGCGACAGGGAUAUAUAAAACCUUACCUGUAGAUAGAUAGAUAGAUAGAUAGAGAAACUUGAAAUUUGCACCUGCAGAUAGAAAGAGAAACUAGAGAUUUCUAGAGAGAGAAAGUGAACAGUUUCUAGAGAGAGAAAGUAUAUAAGAGAGAAUGGAGGAUAUAGAGGAAGAGGCGAAAGAGGAGGAGGUGCUAGGAUCGAGUUUAACGAUGGAGAAAGUAGCGGCAGCCAAACAGUUCAUAGAGAAUCAUUAUAGAGCUCAAAUGAAGAAUAUUCAAGAGCGAAAAGAGAGACGGUGGGUGUUGGAAAGGAAGUUAGCUUCUUCUGAUGUCCCGAAGGAGGAACAGAUCAGUCUGAUUAAGGAUUUAGAAAGAAAAGAGACAGAAUUUAUGCGACUUAAAAGGCAUAAAAUAUGCGUUGAUGACUUUGAGCUGUUGACCAUCAUUGGUAGAGGAGCAUUUGGUGAGGUUCGCUUGUGCCGGGAGAAGAAAUCUGGCAAUAUAUAUGCCAUGAAAAAGUUAAAGAAAUCUGAAAUGCUAAUGAGAGGACAGGUGGAACAUGUUAGAGCUGAAAGGAACUUGCUGGCAGAAGUUGCAAGUCACUGCAUUGUCAAACUCUAUUACUCAUUUCAGGAUGCUGAGUAUUUAUAUCUAAUUAUGGAAUACCUUCCGGGUGGUGACAUGAUGACUCUGCUGAUGAGAGAGGAUACCUUAACUGAAAAUGUGGCCAGGUUUUACAUUGCUCAAAGUGUCCUUGCGAUUGAGUCGAUUCACAAACAUAAUUACAUUCACAGAGAUAUAAAGCCUGAUAACCUGCUUCUGGAUAAAAAUGGUCAUAUGAAGCUAUCUGAUUUUGGCCUCUGUAAGCCUCUUGAUUGUACAACUUUAUCCGUGAUUCCUGAAAAUAAAACUAUCGAUGAUAAGAAUUCGAACGAACCAAUGGAUAUUGAUGGAGGUAUCCCUGAUGCGGACAAUAAGAGUAAUUGGAGAAGCCCCCAUGAACAGCUUCAGCACUGGCAAAUGAACAGGAGAAAGUUGGCAUUUUCUACUGUGGGAACUCCAGAUUACAUUGCUCCAGAAGUAUUACUGAAGAAAGGAUAUGGCAUGGAGUGUGACUGGUGGUCACUAGGAGCAAUAAUGUAUGAAAUGCUAGUUGGAUACCCUCCUUUUUACUCGGAUGACCCCAUAACCACAUGCAGAAAGAUUGUUCACUGGAGAAAUCACCUUAAAUUCCCAGAAGAUGCAAGGUUGACAUUUGAGGCAAAGGAUCUCAUUUAUAGGUUACUGUGUGAUGUUGAACAUAGACUAGGUACUGGAGGGGCAAACCAAAUAAAAGCUCAUCCUUGGUUCAGGGAUGUUGUAUGGGACAAACUCUAUGAAAUGGAGGCAGCAUUUAAACCUGAAGUUAAUGGAGAGCUCGACACCCAGAACUUUAUGAAAUUUGAUGAAUUGAAUGCCCCAUCACCUUCAAGAACUGGCUCAGGACCCUCAAGGAAGAUGCUAUUAACUCCGAAAGAUUUAAGUUUUGUUGGCUAUACGUACAAGAAUUUUGAUGCUGUCAAAGGCCAACAUUCAUUUGGUAUGCUAUUCGAGUCUGACUACAGUGGUGGUGGGACAGAUUACACUACCAAACGGCAAGCUGAGGAAACAGAGGUACAAAUGCUUGCAUCAUCAGGUGAUCCAAUGCUACCGUAGUAUAACAUAUCGCAUCCCUAUAAUGUGGAUGCACAAGUUAGGUGUUUCUGAAAAUCAAAGUCCCGUGUGGGUUGGCUGCCAUACAACUUGCAGAACCACCAGGGGAUACAGCAGUGAUUGAGAAACUGCUUUAGAACCCACUAAUGGGUUAACUGGUAGGUGUAAGAUUUAUAGCUGGAAAAAGCUUGUGUAUUAGAAUUAGAGCAGAUAUUUGAAACUUAUGCCCUGGCUGCCCAGGUUGGCUGUGGUAAAACAUGCCUUCUCUAGCGGCAGUUUCUGGUCAAAUUUUAAUGGAAAACAAACUGCUAAGAAACUCAAUAGCUGCUUUAAUGAAUUAUUCCUCAAUAUUGGUUUUGUGUGUAUCCUUUUGCGGGCAAAGUGAAUAUUAGCUGUGAAGAAAAUAUCUGAGAAAUAAUAAUGAGUUGUUGCUCAAGGUUUUGGUACUGA